CUACCUUUUUCUUCUUCUUUCUCUCCCCCCUUUCUUCUUCCUCCACUUUUUCCUUCCAGAUCUGUGUGGGUUCUCCCUUGAUAACUCAAAUUAGAGGUACCCAUGAAUAUUUGGAUCUAUGGUGAAUCGACCUUGGCAGUGACCUUGGCGGCGACCUCCACGUCACUGACCUUGGGUUCGGCUUAUUCUGCUUCAACUUCUUAACUUCUUUUGCAUUUUCGUUCUCCUUCGAAUCUUUGAGACCGCCAUCCUCAUCCUCAUCAUCAUCGCCAUCUGAAUUGCGUCUCCCACAUCUGCAUUCGGCUUGGCCUUCCGCUGCCUCUUGGCAUAGGUGACCUUUUGCCAGCCAUGGUCAAUGGUGUGGGUGUUGGUUUCGUGGGUUUCGUUGAGGUGUAGUAGUGUGGAGGUGAUAGCAAAAUCAAAAGUCUGAGAUGGGAGAAAGGUUGAAUGGCGGAGAGGAUGAAGGUUUGUGCCAAUAAGGAAAAAUGGGUCCGGCGAUCAUGAAUUUGUAGAGGGGCGAAAGAGUAGUUUGAUGAAGAGAGUUUGACAAUUGGUAGGUAAAAAUGUCGAGAUGGGACCCAGAUCUGGGUUUGAGAGGGAGAAGGGAGAAGAGAGAGAGAGAAAGAAUAAGAUGAAGAAAGAAGAAGGAUGAGCAGGGAAAGGAAGGAGGAAGGUUGAUAGAGAAUGAUGAGGCAAAACUAUCGAGGAGGAAAGGAGGAAGAAGAUGAAGUUUGUGAGAGAAAACCCAGAUCUGUAAUUGGAAAACAACCUUUUGCUUUAUGCAAACACCUCGUCCAUGAAUUCUUGGCUGAUUCCAUGAUUUAC